AUGGGUUCAAAAACUGCAAACAAAGACAUAAUCACUCUCCGUGGAUCCUCUGCCAUUGUAUGCGAAUUUUUCGGUUAUGCAACAAACAGUAUUCUGCACCUUAACGGUGUUUAUCCUGAAGAAACUUUUGAAAGAGUGAGGAAACAUGAACACCAAUUGUUCCUUUCUACGAAAGUGGGUGUUCAGUUAUACUUAUCAACGUUUGAUAAGCAGAUUUCCGAAUGGCUGGAAGCUGGGAGGUUGCAUAAAAUUGAACUUCUGAUUAUGACUAAGGCCACCAAUGAAGUACUUCAGAGUUGGAACUUCAGUAUAGAGACUGAUGGUGAAGCUGCUGAAAAAGGUUUAAGGGAGAAGAGUGAUAAAGAAAUCAUGAAUGAGAUUAGAGGUGUUCUGAGACAUAUUUCAGCCACCUUCACAUUCUUGCCUCCUCUUAAUGAACCAUGCAUCUAUCAUGCGGUGGCACAUAUUGAUAAGGAUGUUGUUGAAGUACCAUUUGAAUGGGAAAAGAAUGUUUCUAAAAGCAUAGCAAAUCCUGAUGUGGAGAUCUUGCGUGGUUUCAGUACUGAAAUACAUAAGGUUGCCUCUUUGGUUUUUUUCAAGAAGCGAAAAUCGGAUGACACUACGGUUCCUAAGAAGAAAUCAAAAUUGGAUGACUAG